UAGAGAUAAAUCCCGGCGAUUUUUCAUACCUUCUCCAGCUUCAUUGUAAUCCAGAAGCAGACCACUAUAUUUUUAUGUCUUUUGAUUCUUGCCUAAAACCAGCGUAUUGAUUACGGAUACUAAAACGAUGAUCGAAACUAUGUUGAAUCUAAAAAACUCCCGCUUAAUUCUAAUCCUGGUGUUGCAAUUUUUGGCACCGAUUGUCCGGACUCAGUCGCUUUGCUACAUUCCUAAUGAAGCAUUCGACCUUCCCAGCGAUGUCAAACCACCCGCCGAUGUUACAUGUGGUUCAGGAACAAUCUUGGGGAAGAUCCCAGACCUCAUAUUUUCUGGCAGGAAAUUUUCCGAGAUCGAUUUUACCAAAAGUAAGCUCACCCCAGGAGGAUUUGCUUUGGCCAAUUUUCAAUUCGGGGGAAAAAACACCCAAGAAUCAUUGAUAAUAUCUGGAAAGUUAUACACCGCUGCUAAUGCAGCUUUGAGGGCCAGGGGCGAUAGGAAGAUCUUGAAUCGAUUAAAAGUGGUUGACUUUUUCAUCACGAGUCAAAUCGACAAGUCUAAGGGUAAGGAAGCCAAAGACAGCUUGCUGAAACACCUAGGCAAGGUCCUCAAGAAUUGCGGCAAGCCUAAGCCUAAAGGAAAUUGUAAUCAAGGUGAUGUUGAUAAAAUCAACGCAAUGGUCAUAGAGGCAAAAGCUCUGUAACAAAGGUCAACACCUAAGGAUUACGCCUGUUCGAGAAGAAGGGAAGUGUUGCAUUUACUUUCAUUGGAAGCUGGAAAAAAGAUGGCCCAAGUGCA